AUGGCCCGAGAAGUAUUAACAUUCCAGUUGGGCAAUUAUUCGAAUUACAUCGGAACACACUGGUGGAACAUACAGGAAUCGUCAUUCAACUAUGAUCCAAACGCAGAACCAUCUGAGAUUGAUCAUGCAGUGUUGUACCGGGAGGGUCAAACGAGACAACGACAGACAACAUUCACCCCACGAGUGCUGAUGGUCGAUCUUAACGGAACGCUGAAGCACAUACCUCGCUCUGGAGACCUCUACGAAGAACCGAUCGAUUCAACUACAAUCACCAAGGACUCCUCUGAGAUAACGGACAUCGAAUGGGACAGUGAAAAAAUUGAGAUCAUAGAAAAGCAGAAACCUGCUCAAAAACAUCCCUAUCAAGCAGAUCUUCAAGCUAGCAGUUCCAAUAUAAAUGAUGAUGAAGAUCAAGAAGAAAAGGAUUAUGAUUUCUCGAACACGGUACAGGACUGGAUUGACUUCAGUUACACUCGUUACCAUCCUCGAAGUAUCAAUAUUAUCGAGCGGUACUCACAUUCCACGGAAGAAUCCCAACUCGAUACCAUUACGAACGGUAUGGAACUAUGGAAAGAUUGCGAUUUCCAAGAUGACUUAACGGAUCGGGUGAGGCAGUAUAUCGAAGAAUGUGACGGUUGUCAAGGGUUCCAGAUGCUGUUCGAUUGUUGCGAUGGAUUUUCUGGAAUCGCACUAAAGCUGCUCGAACACUUGCAAGAUGAGUAUGGAAAAUCGUCCCUUCUAUUCCCAGUAUUUCCACCCAAGGCACCAAUCUUUAAAAAUGCGGAUGAAGCAAUGAGCGACUCAAUACGCGUCGUUAACACGGCAUUAACCUUCGCCCAGCUAUCGGAGUAUAGUUCCCUAUUUGUGCCGUUAGCAACCAUGACACGUUGUUGGCGCAACGUGGCUGAACCACAAGCCUUUUCCAACAUCAAAUAUGAUGCACACAAUUUCUAUCAAACAUCAGCGAUUCUGGCGAGUUUUCUAGAUACUGCAACGCUACGCUUCCGUUUAAAGGACUCAGCCGUAGUCAGUUCUGGCGGAUACAUUUCCGGCAUGUGCAGCGAUCUAAACGCUUACGGACGUAAAAUGGCAGCUGCCGGACUAUCUUUUCCAUUUCCUUUAGGAGACUCCCAAGACUUGAUCGAUUGUCUGGAUCAAAUGGGCGACAAAAGCUUAACUGAACAGCUUUCUCCGAACGUAAAGGUUCGCAACCGGGCUGUGAUACAGUCUGUGUGUGUACGUGGUCUACCACAGAAUCGUCUCAAACGACCUCCUACCGCCAAAUCUGCUCAACGGCAGCAGAUAAUGCCAGCUUACCGAUGCAGUAAUGUCAGCGAAAUGUUACAGUUCUUUUACUCCUGUAGUCUGGAAGUCAGCAUGUCACAUGUAACUUCGAUUAAAGCGCCAAUGACCAUUCGGCAACCGUAUCCGAUAGAAUUAUUCGACAAGAGUGUUGGAUUCGACGGUUUCCUGACGGACUCUCCGUUUGCGCUAGCUUCACAGCAAUACGUUCAGCAUUGUCCGACAUUAGCUGCGAUACAAUCAUCAUCAGAUCUAGGUGAGGGCUUGGAAGCGCUGCACCGUGAGGUAAGUCGUAUCCGGUUGCCGAAAAUACCACGGUUUGCGGAGUGCGGACUGGAAGAGGCUGAAUAUAAGGAAACUAUCGAACAUCUACUGGAUUUCAAGGAAAAUUACGAUGAAAACUAUGAACUGUAA